AUGUUCGACAGCCGCUACCGAACACAAAAAGAGCGCAAAGCCAUGAAGCCGAACAUGAAGACGAAGGUGUACAACUUUUUGGAGCGGCCGACCGGGUGGAAAUGUUUCUUGUAUCAUUGCGGUGUGUUCCUCCUUGUAUUGGCGUGCCUGGUGCUGUCGGUGCUCACCACCGUCGAGCGGUACACAGCAGCGGCCGCGCAGUGGUUGUUUUUGAUGGAGAUCUUCCUAGUCACUUUUUUCGGCUGCGAGUACUGCGUCCGGUUAUGGGGCCGGAUACGGUUCGCCUUCAAGCCGAUUUCAAUUAUUGAUUUUUGCGUAGUCGUCGCCAGCAUCGUGGUGAUCAUCUUCGGCGCUGAGGGCCAAGUCUUUGCCACGAGCGCCAUCAGGGGCAUCCGAUUCCUGCAGAUUUUGAGGAUGCUGCAUGUCGACAGGCAGGGAGGGACCUGGCGCCUCCUCGGAUCCGUCGUGUUCAUCCAUCGCCAAGAAUUGAUCACCACUCUCUACAUCGGCUUCCUGGGCCUCAUUUUCUCCUCCUAUUUCGUGUAUCUUGCAGAAAAAGACCACAUUGGCCCCGAGGGACGGCAAACGUUCACUUCCUACGCUGAUGCUCUGUGGUGGGGCGUGAUAACGAUGACGACAAUCGGAUACGGUGACGUGGUACCACAGACCUGGUUGGGUCGAGUGGUUGCCUCCUGCUUCUCCAUAUUUGCCAUCUCGUUCUUCGCACUCCCUGCAGGUAUCCUCGGCUCGGGUUUUGCCCUGAAGGUGCAGCAGAAGCAGCGGCAGAAGCACUUCAACAGACAAAUCCCGGCGGCCGCCACGCUGAUUCAAUGCGUUUGGAGGUGUCAUGCGGCCGAGAAGAGUGAUAAUGGGCCGACGUGGCAAGUCCACAUCGACCCCCUUGCCCACGCCACCGAGGAGACCCAUCGUCGCAAGGGGGCCGGAAGCGGAGAUGAAGGAAAGAACACCAUCCAGCAACGAAGAAAAGCGCCCGGAUUGUUCCGGAAUUACAACCGGCAGCUCACCAACAACAAUAAUAAUGCAAACAUCUGUGAGCUCACCGAAACGCAUCGGAAUGCGAUUCGAGGAAUCCGAAAAAUCAAAUAUUUUGUGGCCCGGAAGAAGUUCCAGCAAGCCCGAAAACCCUAUGACGUGCGCGACGUCAUCGAGCAGUACAGCCAGGGCCAUUUGAACAUGAUGGUGCGCAUCAAGGAGCUGCAGAGGAGACUCGAUCAAACCCUCGGAAAACCCGGCCAAUAUCAGGGCAGCAAUAAGAAGGGUCAGGCGCAGACGAUUGGCAGCAGGUUGAGCAGGGUCGAGCUGCAGGUCCACUCUAUCGACCGAAAACUCGACGCGACAAAUCGCUGCAGGAAAUCCACCAAGAUGUUUGACGACCCGAUGGAAGCGAUGAUGAUCUCCGAGCCGCUGGUUCGGAUGCUGACGCAGGAAAUCGGCCCACGCCCCUACGGCUACGGAUGCCCAACCUGCCACUCGCCUCACUACCAAAACCAACUCGAACGCCGUCUCUCCAACGAGCAAAAGCACCAUGACGCCGAGUUCAACAACACCCUCGAGCUCGGCACGUUCAAGCCGGAUGAUGUCAAGGUCAACCUCACCGGACACACCCUCACGAUCCACGGGACGCGCGCCGAAAAAAGCGACGACUGCGAGGUGUCGGCCAGCUUUAUGCGUAGCUUCAAGCUUCCCAAAGGGAUCGACCCCGAAUCGGUGACCUGCCACCUUUUGGAUGGGAAUAAGCUGCAGCUGCAGGGCAUUCAAAAAGGCUGGAAACGCUCGAUCACGAUCCCAAUCGAAACCGAUGAAAUGCGAAAGCGACUCCAGAGCGACGCCACGCGACAUGGUUUCGAAAAAAUUGAGCACGACACUAAGAAGAUGCAGCUGGCCGAGAUCCCCGGCGAGAAGCCGCACGAGAUUCCGAUUGAGAAGAAG